AAAAAGAUGUCAUUACACGCAAAUAAAGAACGGUUAUAAAAAAAAUAGUACAUUACACACCCGUAUCUUAGCAGUUACGUCGUAAUUAGUGUGGUGCUGCAUUUUCGGAGCCCCUCGAUUCGUGACCAUGGCCCUGAUCAACAUCGAUGGUGACCCCUGGCUCAGCGAUUUGGAUGCCUGUGAGCGUUUGAGCAAUGAAAUCCAGUCGCAGCUGGUGGCCCGCAAUCGAGAGGCGCACCUGUCCCGUGAGUACUCAUCCAUUUCCGGUCAGGCUCGGGUUCGGCUGAAGCAGUUUUCCUCGGAGCUGGAACAGCUGAACAAAAAACUGUCCUACAUAUCGGGGUCACUGACUGCAGCAGAGGCGGAACGUCGACAGCGCCAAGUGGAGGCACUUCAAUCGAAACUGGUUCAACUGCAGCGACAGUUUAGCGCCGUAGAAGCCUCCGCAGAUCGGGCUAGUUUGUUUGGCGGAGCCAAUCAACGUCUGUUCGAUGAUGACGAUGACGAUCCGGCACUUAUUCGGCCAGAGUCCAGCUACACCGUACAGGAUUUACGAUCCCAGCAAACGCGCAUCUUGGAGGACCAAAACCAAGGGCUGGAAGCGCUCUCGAAGGUCAUUUCCCGGCAGAAAGUUCUCGCUUCUCAGAUUGGCGAGGAGGUUGAUAGACAUAAUGAAAUUCUCGACGAUCUGGCCGACACGAUGGAAACGACCGAUGCGCGGUUGAAUCGGGAAACGCGCCAAAUCGGAGUGGUGACGGUGCAGGACUCGACCUGGGGCUACUGGACCAUCAUUGGAGCCCUGGCCGUGGCAAUAAUCGUGGUGGCCAUCCUCUAGCUAACGGUGCUGGGAUUCCUGAUCCAAAGUUCGUAUCGGACAGGGCCCGGUCGGUUGAUGUGAGGGGAAGGGGGAGUGGCUGCGCUCGCUCAUCUAUCUGGCUUUUAUUUCUGUUUACUAAUGAACUUUCUAUUGUAUAUCUACUUUAAAGAAUAUGGCAAAAAGAAUAACUAGAACGAUAAUGGAUAUACUACUUUUAAAAAAGAUAAUGUUAAACAAUAUAAAACUAAGAGUAGACUAAAUGCAAACAUAUUUGCUCUAAAAUAAUCAAAUAAUUAUCCAUACUAUUGUAUCGUUGUAAUGUACGUUCUUUUCUUUGUAUUUCUUACAGUAAAGAGCGAUAAAAUUUAUAUAUCAGCUUAUGUUAAAUACAUACAUAUUAUUAUACUAA